GAGGACACAUCAUGAUCAUGAGACAUAGUCAUCCUUUCUUCCCCAUUCCUCACUUUAGUGGGAAGAGAGAGAAAGCACAUGUUCCCACAUGUUUCCAUGAAUUUACAGAGCAAUUUGGCCUGGAUUGGACAUAGAUAAUAGUACUAGAAAACAUGCAAUAAUAAAUGUAGUACCUUUAUGUAGGAAGCACUGCUGGAGCAUGCCUUUUUCCAGUUGUCAUUUAUUACGUUUUGUUUACUCUGUAAUGCAUUCUAAUUUUCUGCAGUAGCUAUUUCCUAAUCCCCAUUAGAAGGGGACCUAACAUACUGGAUUCUGGAGUCUGGAGUAUACUCAUAUUUUCAGAAUAGGCGUAUCUCAGAGUCAAACGCAAACAGAAGUUUGUUGUGUCCUGAACUCCGACUGCAAAACAACACAACUGAAGAGUUUUUCAGAGAGAAAGUUUCAAGUUAACAGCAUUAUCUUCCACCAGAAUUGCAAUGAAUUGAGUUGUAGGAGUGGUUUAGGGAUCCAGAAGCAGAUAAUACAACCAAAAAAAUGUUCAAGACAUGGAAGCGCGACAAGAAGAAGAUAAAAGUUGUAUUCAAAUUGCAGUUUCAGGCAACUCAGGUUCCAAAGUUGAAGAAGUCUGCUUUGACGAUAUCCCUGGUGCCGGACGAUGUUGGGAAGCCAACGCUGAGGCUAGAGAAAGUUGCAGUUCAGGAUGGAACCUGUUUAUGGGAGAAUCCUGUCUAUGAAACAAUGAAACUCACCAAGGAAAUAAAAACAGGAAAACUCAGUGAGAAAAUUUACCAUUUCAUAGUUUCGACUGGAUCAUCUAAAUCAGGUUUUCUGGGAGAAGCUUCCAUUGAUUUUGCCGAUUUCGCAGCAGAAACUGAACCGAUCACUGUCUCCCUUCCCCUUAAGUUUGCUAACUCUGGUGCCAUUCUACAUGUAACAGUUCAUAGAGUGCUGGGAGAUGCAGAUCAAAGAUACCUAGAAGAAAAUGAAGAUGUGACACUUUCUCAAGAUGGAAGCCUCCACAACCAAGAAAGCAUUUACAAUGUAGAUGGAAAUGACCUAAAUUUUGCUGAAGAUGGAGACAUCAACAUGGCCAUACGUCAGAAUGGUGAAGAAAAUGGCAGUGUUAGAAAAAAGAAUAUGCACCGAAGAUCAAACACAGAUUGGUCAGCAGGUUCAGUUUCAGAGGGAAGUUUAGUUGACUCAAGUAACAGCAAUGAAGAAACCCCAAGAGAAUGGCGAGAAGCUUCAAAUGAUUCUAUUGAGAAACUCAAAAAUGAAAAUGUAAUGCUAGCAAGGCAGGCAGAUUUGUCAGAAUUAGAGGUGCAAUCUCUUCGGAAACAGGUUAUGAGAGAGAACAGAAGGAUGCAGGAUCUGUCACAACAAAUUACCAGCCUUAAAGAAGAGAGGGAUGCACUAAAAUCAGAGUUUGAACAAUUCAAGUUGGGGAAUACAGAAGAGGCAGCACUACAGAGCCAAUUGCAGGCUCAGAAUGAGGACACAGUUGUUCUGUUAGAAGAGAUCAGGCAGGAGCUUGAUCAUGAAAAGGAAUUGAAUGCCAAUCUUCGGUUGCAACUGCAGAAGACACAGGAUUCAAACUCUAAUUUGAUUCUUGCAGUGAGGGACCUCAAUGACAUGUUAGAGCAAAAGAAUGAGGAAAUCUCUCAUCUCUCCAGUGAGAUAGAAACAAGUGAGGCUGAGCAUGAGAAGACUGUAACAGAAUUAGUGAAGGCACAAAAUGAUGCCAAUGAAAUAGACAUGCUGAACAAGACAGUUGCAGAACUAAAUGCUGAACUAGAGCACUACAGGAAAGACAAAGAAGAGCAAGAGAUGCAUAUAGAACAACUCAGCCAUGAGCAUGAAGUCCUUAAACAGGAAAAUUACAAAAUCUCCUCUCAGUUAGAGCAAAAUUGGCUAGAAGAGUCAGAGUCAAAGAGGGUGCAAAAUCAGUACUCAGAAUCUUUGGCUACCAUAAAAGAACUUGAAUCCGAUGUACAAAUAUUAGAGGACAAAAUCAUGCAGCAGUCAGAAGAAUACUCAGAAUCUUUGAUUGCCAUUAAUGAACUUGAAAGUCAAGUCAAGGAAUUAAAGAAAGAAAUGGAGAAGCAGGCACAGGGAUUUGAAGUUCAUAUGGAUGAUAUGAUACAUUCAAAAACAGAGCAGGAACAGAGAGCUAUCAAUGCAGAGGAGGCCUUGAGAAAGACAGAGGAGGCCUUGAGAACGACAAGGUGGAAAAAUGCUGUGACUGCUGAGCGGCUUCAGGAGGAAUUUAAAAGGGUUUCUGUUGAAAUGGCAACUAAAUUAGAUGACAAUGAGAAGAAGUACAUGGAAGCAGUUACAGAAGCUAAUGAACUGCGUUUGGAAAAAGGAAAUCUGGAAGAAAAGCUCCAGAAAGCUUUUGAUGAGCUUGGACUAGUUAAGGAUAAGAGUAUAAAAAGAGAGCAAGAGCUACUGGACCAACUUGAUCAAGCACAAAAGAAAGAGGGAGAACACAAUGAGAUGGAGAAGCUCAUAGAAAGAUGGAAAAAAGAGAGAGAUGAUUUGGAGAAAAAGAUCACUUCAGCAAAGAAUGAAGCAGAUAAAGCACAGGAGCAAUUACUUACCAUGGGUUCUUUGAAGGAUGAAAAAGAGAUAAUAAUCUCAAAUUUGCAGUCAGAAACGGAAAACCUGAGACUUGAAUGUAAUGAAAUGAAAAGUAGCUUGAUCAAAGAAGAAAUGGAGAAAGAAAAAUUGAGAAAGCAGGUUGUUCAACUAAGAAAUGACCUACAGAAGAAGGAAGAGGAAAUCAAGAGUAUAGGAAAACAGAAAAAAAAUGGUCAAUCAGCAUUUCGCAAUCUAGAGUUGAGUACAAGGAGCAGCAACUCUACCCCACCUCCUCCUCACAACUCUAAGGAUAUAACUAGUUUGAACAAGAAAUUGAGGUUGCUUAAGGAACAGUUAAAACUCAAGGAAACUACAAAUUCAGUUCCAGGGAAGGAGGGAAAUAUCAGCCAUAUGAUUGAAGAGCUACAGAGCAGCCUGGAACAGCUCAAAAAUUGUCAAUGUUUUUCUGCAGAUCACAGUCAAAAGGAGGCCAUUUCUGCCAUCAAUAAUCCUGAGUUGCUAAAAGAAGUGGCAUUUCUUAAGGAAAGGAACAAGACAAUGGAGCAUGAGCUGAAAGAAAUGCAAGAAAGAUAUUCAGAAAUAAGUCUCAAAUUUGCAGUGGUAGAAGGUGAAAGGCAGCAACUUGUAAUGACAGUAAGAAAUCUCAAGAAUGGUAAGAAGAACUAGCAUGUCUGAAGAUGCAAGAGGUUUGACAGGGUGAAGAAGAUGAUUUCUAUGAGAGCAGCAAAUUUGGGUGUAUGGUUACAUCAAAGUUCACAUAUCAAUUGAAUUGGUAGAACAGAAAGCCAUUUGUAUUUUUUCUUAACCUCUCCCGUUCUUAAUUCUAAAACAUGUUUUGAUUCAACCUAUAAAGCUAAAAGGCCCCAGCAGCAGAUGUUGGCUUUCCAGAUUUGAAUGUUUGGAUGUUCAUAGAAUUAGUGGA